AUGCUACGACGCAAGUCGAUUGCUGGUCGCAUCAAGGAUACGUUCAGAAAGGCAGAAUCUGACUACCCUCUGCACGCCUCAAUCUGCAAAAAUGACCUAUCGACCUUGCAAGAAGUGCUUAGUUCCCCCGAGGUUUCGUAUUUAUUGUCCGCAGGUGAUGGCUGUUGGGGGACUCCGCUGCAUGUGGCGGUAUAUCUAGACAACAUUGACUCUGUGAAUCUGCUACUGCAAGCUGGUGUCGACGUCGCUGGUGAUUCAUCGGCACACGAGCAUCGCUUAUCACCACUAGCACUGGCUGCACGUGUGGGCAAUCAACGUCUGCUUUGGCGAUUAUGGCAGCACCUCCAUUCACGAACAGAAGCAAGAAAUAUAGUCGUUAACUCUUGCCUUUUUCAAGCCUCAAUUACUGGUCAAGUCACUAUCCUACGUGCUUUAUUGGCAUGGAAGGAAUGGACAACAGAAGCCAAGAACGAAGCAUUAUUUUGGGCAGCACGGAGCUGGAAGGCAUAUUCUGCUGAAGUCCUUACUUCCGAACUGUCAUUUUCCCAAGAUGUUUUAGACAGGACGCUGCAUUGUGCAGUGAACUUCAGGACUUUAUUCGGAGACGACUUCAAACUCGAGUAUAGUGGUGAUGAUUAUGUACAGCAACAACUUUUGAUAGCGCACUUGGUCGAUGUUGGAGCUAACCCAAAUGUCACUAUUAAUGUACAGCCGCCUAUCAUUACUGCCGCUCGACAUAUCAAUCUGGUAGGAGCUUUGAAAGUGUUGCUCGACAAGGGAGCCAACCCAAACGGUACUGACCACAGAGGGAAGACGGCAUUGCACUUCCUUGGUUCACCAGCCGCAUUACACCAAAGCGGACCGGUGGUGCGUUUAAAUGAGACAGCUAUCCGUAUACUCCUUGGUCAAUAUCCCUCCGUUUUGUGCAGGGACAAUGAAUCUGGAGCUAGUCCCCUUCAUGCCGCCGCAUUUGGCUCCAACCUCAACACGCUGCACUUAUACUUAUCCUCUCUUCCAACAGAGCAGAGAAGUGAAGCUUUGAGAUCCAAAAAUAACUAUGACGAAACGUUACUGCAUUAUGCAGCUGCAGGGGCCAAGUGUGAUAUUGUGGAGUUUCUUCUCAGUCAAGGGCUUGAUGUCAAUUGCAUCAACACAAAUGGAUGGACACCCCUGCAUUGCGCCUUGACUCCAGCGAGUCGGGGCUCGCAGUUAAAUGGAUUCGCAAAGUCAAUAUCCGAAGCUUUGAAAAUAGCAAAGAUACUUCUCUUUCAUGGCGCUGACCCUUGUGCUGUUACAGCUGAGGGAUGGACGCCACUGCACUGCCUUUCCCUCUUUGCUGGCAGAAAGAAAGAAAAUACCAAACUUGCCCAGUUCGUGGAUGAAAUGAUCAAUCGUGGUGUUGAUAUACACGCACGAGCAACAUUUAUCUUUUGGAAUGAACUGGGUAAUAUAGAACCUAAGUAUUAUUACUGGGGUCACGAUGUUCACGCCAGUAUCCGGGACCCUGAUAUCUCCGGAGCGACAGUGCGGUUUGGUUACACUCCGCUACAUUUCGCAGCUGCCCACGGUAGCAUAAGUAUGGCCAAGGCUAUACUUGACCAUGGUGCUGAUCCACUUUCUAAAGAUGUGAGAGGAAAUACGGCUAUCAAGAUAGCAGUCAAUUCAUCAUUGAUCGACGACUUCCCGAGUACACGUCAAGCCAUGGUAGAGCUUCUUACAGAGGCAGUAUCCUAA